AUGCGGCGGCCGCGCUGUCGGGCAUCUCCCGGCGACUACACGCGAAGCUUCCACGAGGAUGAGUUCGACUUCGAGCGCACCAUGAAUGCCGUGCAGGGCCUGGAGAACACGCUCAACCCGCUGCUGCACUCGGUCGGCCUGUUGGAGAGGGAGGUCAAGAAAGAGGAGGAUGCGCUGGCCCGGGACUACGACAAUCUUCACAAGCUGGAGACUAACGCGAGGUCUGAGGUAAAGGGCUGGCGCGAGAAGGCGAAGCGGGAUCACGUCCUCGCCCCCGGCAGCAGGAGUAAGGGUGACGAUGGCGGUUACGAGGAUGAGGGAGACCGUCUGGAGCUGGUCACAAGACCCGAGGGUGCUGCCCUGGGCGGACUUUUCAAGGACCUAGGCGAUGAGGAGCUGGUCGCCCUCUCGCAGCAGAUUGGGAGUCAUAUGGAGAGCAUGCAGGGCAACCUGCAACAGAUUGGUGGUGUUGUUCCGGCGAUCACCAGGAGCAAGGCCGCGUUACAGCAGGUGAUGCUAAAGCACCUGGACGAGGAGCAGUAUGACAAGGUGUUGCUUGGAUAG